CCCGCCCCGCUUCCGGCGGAAGCGGCCUCAACAAGGGAAACUUUAUUGUUCCUGUCGGGCGGCGAGGAUGUCGGUGAACUACGCGGCGGGCUUGUCGCCGUACGCGGACAAGGGCAAGUGCGGCCUCCCCGAGAUCUUCGACCCGCCGGAGGAGCUGGAGCAGAAGGUGAGGGAGCUGGCCAGGCUGGUCUGGCAGUCCUCCAGGGUGGUCUUCCACACAGGCGCGGGCAUCAGCACCGCCUCCGGCAUUCCCGACUUCAGGGGCCCGCACGGGGUCUGGACAAUGGAGGAGCGGGGCCUGGCGCCCAAGUUCGACACCACCUUCGAGAGCGCGCGGCCCACGCAGACGCACAUGGCGCUGGUGCAGCUGGAGCGCGUGGGCCUCCUGCACUUCCUGGUCAGCCAGAACGUAGACGGGCUGCACGUGCGCUCCGGCUUCCCCAGGGACAAGCUGGCAGAGCUCCAUGGGAACAUGUUUGUGGAAGAGUGUGUCAGAUGCCGGACGCAGUACGUGCGGGGCAGCCCAGCCCUCAGGAAGGAGGCGGCCUCGGCCUCGCCAUGGGCACCCUCCAAGGGCUGCCAGAACUUGGCGUUCCGGGCCGCGCGCCUCCCGCCGCUGCUCUCCAAGGUGCUGACGGAGAACCCGCGCCUCUCCGGCCCCUGCUCCAGCCAGCGGUCAGGCUGUGUGCAGGGGUCUUCCAAAAUCGAGUGGGGAAUGCAGGUAUGA